CGGGAAAGCAGAAAGGCCUUUUACAAUUUAGAAAAUUAAAUGUAAAUUAGGGUAAAAAGAAAAUCAAUAUGAACUUUUCAGCGAUACUUUAUAUUGUUAUUAUUAUCUGCAUGACAAUUUUCAUUCGAUGCUCAACCGAGUCAUAUAUUAGCACCUAUGAUUUUGUAAUAAUCGGUGCUGGUUCGGGAGGCUCAGUACUGGCAAAUCGAUUGAGCGAAGUCGCAGAAUGGAAAAUCUUACUAAUUGAAGCUGGAAAGGAAGAAAUAUUCCUGACGGAUGUUCCAUUACUUGCUCCUAUCAUGCAGAUAACUGACUAUAAUUGGGGAUAUAGGACAGAGCCUAAGAAAGGACAACAUGGCUACUGUUUGUCAAUGGUCGAUGGUCGUUGCAAUUGGCCACGUGGUAAGGCCGUUGGGGGCACAUCGGUUAUUAAUUUCAUGAUUUACACGAGAGGUGGCAAGGCUGAUUAUGAUAAGUGGGAGGCUUAUGGCAAUACAGGUUGGGGCUACGACGAUAUCUUGCCUUACUUUUUAAAAUCGGAGAACAACAGACUAAAAUAUCACGAUAAAAGAUAUCACUCUAGUAACGGCUAUUUGGAUGUUUCUGAUGUGCCUUACGUAUCCAGGCUUCGAAAUCCUUUUCUACAGUCAGCCAAGGAAUUUGGAUAUAAAAUUAACGACUAUAAUGCUGAAAGAUUAUUGGGUUUCUCAGCCAUUCAAGCUAAUCUGCGUAACGGGCGCCGCGUGAGCGCCAGUAAGGCUUUUCUCGAUCCAAUUCGCCAAAUUCGGAAAAACUUGCGUAUAUUAACUUUUGCUCGUGUCGUAAAGAUACUGAUAGAGCCUGAGACACAUCGAGCAAUUGGCGUCAAGUUCCUUGAUAGAAAUCAGAAGAUGCAUAUAGUAAAAGCCAAGCGCGAAGUACUUUUGUGCGCGGGUACUUUGAACUCGGCCCAGCUGCUUAUGCUGUCAGGUGUAGGGCCCAGGCAGCAUCUGAAACAGUUGGGAAUUCAAGUUAUAGAGGAUCUACCGGUUGGCUAUAAUCUACAAGAUCACGUUAGCAUGGGUGCUUUAACAUUUCUGGUUAACGACACUGUUACAAUCAUGGAGUCAAGAUUACUCACGAAUCCAGUCAACGUUUUUGAUUAUUUUAUUAAGGGUACCGGGCCAUUUACUGUACCUGGGGGUGCGGAAGCAUUGGCUUUUAUCGAUACAAAAACGUUCUUAGAAAGAGAUAACCACCAAGAUGAAACGGCGGAUUACCCGGAUAUCGAGCUGGUUUUGGGAAUUGGAGCACUUACGGGUGAUUUAUCCGGCAGUAUGCGUCAUUUAUUUGCCCUAACCGACGACUUCGAUCGUCAAGUUUUUGCCGAUCAUAAGGGCUCCGAUGCUUUCUCUAUUGUUCCUAUUUUAAUGAAACCCAAGAGUUACGGUAGAGUUAGUUUACGAAGCGCGAAUCCUCUCGAUCCGCCAAUUUUAGAAGCCAAUUAUUAUGAGCAGCAGGAAGACUUGGAUACGAUGAUUCGUGGCAUCAAAGCGGGUAUUAAAGUAGGAAUGAGCCAAGCUUUUAAGCAUUUCAAUACAACUCUGCUGCCGAUGACAUUUAAUGGCUGUGAUAGAUUUGUUUUUAAUACCGAUGAGUAUUGGUCAUGUGUGGCUCGUCAUAUAUCAACGACACUCGGCCAUUUUACGGGGACUUGUAAAAUGGCUCCACGAACUAAUGGAGGAGUAGUCGACCCCAGGCUAAGAGUUUAUGGCGUUAAGAGUCUCAGGGUUAUCGAUGCGAGCAUUAUGCCAGAAAUCAUUGCAGGACAUACAUGUGCGCCAACAUAUAUGAUUGGGGAAAAAGCAGCGGAUAUGAUCAAGGAAGACUGGGCAGUUUCUACAAUUUAAUAAUAUAUUAUGUCAUAAUGCGUAUACAGAUUAAAGAUUUGUUUAGAUGCUAAAUUAAUGUAAAU